UCUCUCUCCCUCCUUGCAUAUGUAUGUAACAGUCUUAAGAUAUUUUUUGUGUGUGUGUGAGAGAGAGAGAGAGAGGGAGAGAAAGAAUGGAAGGGGUCUCAGCAAAUGCAUACAAGGGAUUGAGGGGCUACUGGAGGAGGAGGGGCUAUGAGAAACUCAAUCGGGCAGGUCGGAGACGUAAAGCGACUAGGGUGGAGCUACCUGCGGCCGGUGCUAACCGAAGCAGGCGGUUCUGGAGGAUAAAGAUUGCACCGAAGCUGAAGCUGAAGUUCCGGUUCUCGCCCAAGAAGUUCUUCAUUGGGCUUAGGGAUGCGUACGUGAAUAUGAUGCUGAAGAUUGCCAAUUCCGGAGUUGGGAGCAGUGGGAUUGGUGGGUUCGGAGGGGAUGGUAUUGCAGCGUUUGGGAGGGCCCCACGUAAGGAGUAUGAUGAGAGGAUGAUCGUCGAGCUCUACAAGUCUUUGGUAUUGGCCAAGGCUCAAUUGGUCGCCGGCGAUGCAACCAGAAUCGGCACCGAGAUCGUUUGCUACCGGUGACUGUGGAAGACCGGCCGGUAACAUGAAUAAAUUGAUUUGAUUUCACGUGUUGGUUUUCUCCUCUUAAUUUCUAAAAAGUUUAUUGUAUUGAGAUGUUUAUAUCUUCCAAUAAUCAUGAUGAGAUUGGAAUAGUAGAUGAGAAUGCAACCAGCCAAACUUUGAUAGGCUCAUCAAUUAGCUUCAAUUCACAGCCAGAUAAAAAAAAAAAAACCUGGAUAACUAGUGGCCCACUGUAUGUAUAUCCUUUUGGGUAUUAUUGAGACUACUAGUUUUUGGAAACUAUGGAGGAAUAUUCGGUAGUGCUAUUUUUUUUUUUGGUUAACC